GGCAACUACUAGAUUGGAUGCAGCACGCUUGACAUAUGCAGUUAUCCUUAAAUUUGGUGGUAUACAGACUGGAAAUAUACUACAUGAAGAAAGAUGGGAUAAUACUGUCGAUGCGCCACAACUUUGAGGUUAGAUUGUCAAUGAAUAGAUGAGAAGUAUUAACUAACUCUUUUCCGUAGAUUUUGCAGCAGUAUUCCAAUGUAUAUCUAGCCAUGUUCAAGAAGAAUCUGGAAGCACAAAGGAGCAAUCACUUAAAGCAUCCGGAAAAGCACUCACCGAACAGAAUGAUAAGUACGAUCUUAAAAAAAUCAGCAAUCAAAAUCGACUGCAAGCGUACCAGCGAGCCUUUUCUCCUUACAAAAAGUCGCAGCUUCUCACUGUAUUGCAAGGGCUUUGUUAGCUCUUUUCACUUCAAUUCAUAUCAGUCUAUAAUUUCAGAGCACGUAUGGAGUGCUAUGUUGGCAAUGUGGGAAGCAAAUAAAUCGUGAUGUCAAUCUGGUAAUCCAAGUUUGUCUUCAUUUUUAUUUACGGUAUUUGCAAGCUGGAACCAUAGCAAAGCAGAGGCAGGAAGCUUAUUCGCUCAUGCUGUCCAAUUCAUCUUGCGAAGCUUCAUCAUCGAUCCUUUCUUCAUAGAAAAGUGCUGAUACUAUGGCAUUUAGCUCGAUAACAAGUUUGGGAUGGGAGGAUUUGAAUUGGGUGAACGUGGUACCAAGGCUUUUACUUUCUCGUGUCCGUUUGCUAAGUUUCUUUGGAGGAAGCUCGUCGGAGAAAAUAGGAGACGACUCCACACCAUAAGAUUUUUCUACUUCUAAAGGGAGCAG